AUGGUCGGUCUCUCCAAGCAUAUGUGCAGCCUCUGGCUGGUUACUGUUGCUCAUUGCUUGACCCUUCCUACUGCGACCAAGACCUCUGCGAGUUCUCAGUACACCAUUCCCUCAUCGGCCUCCAACGGCCAGAACGUGCUUGCCAAUAUUGAGGAUCCCGAAGCUGUUGAUGCGCAAGAUGUCUGCCCGGGCUACAAGGCGUCGGAUGUCCGCCAUACCAGGUCCGGUCUAACGGCCACUCUCGAGCUGGCUGGAAAGGCAUGCAACGUUUACGGAACAGACCUGGAUCGUUUGACUUUCGCGGUUGAGUACCAGGCGGCCGACCGCGUCAAUGUUCAAAUCACCCCGGCUAAUAUUGAUGCCUCCAACUCCUCUUGGUAUAUUCUUCCAGAAAGCCUGGUUGCCAAGCCCAAGGCUGCGGGCGGCAUGUCACUGGGAAGCAGUGACCUAGAGAUUGCCUGGUCUAAUGAUCCCACUUUCAAUUUCAAAGUGACUCGGAAAGCAACCGGCGACGUGCUCUUUAACACCGAGGGCAGCGUCUUGGUGUUUGAGAAUCAAUUCCUGGAGUUCAAGUCCUCCCUACCGGAUGACUACAACCUCUACGGCCUGGGCGAGCACAUUACCAGCUUUAGACUGCACAGCAACCAGACCUUGACAACCUACGCGGUGGAUAUUGGUGACCCUUUUGAUACGAACUUGUAUGGCGCCCAUCCCUUCUACCUUGAGACUCGAUACUAUGAAAUCGGCUCGGGUAACCGGACAUAUACCCCAGUCUCAAGCAGGACUACCGAUCGCUCCAAAAAGUACACUUCAUUCUCACACGGAGUGUACCUACGGAACGCACAUGGUCAGGAAGUGAAGCUACAGCCAGACAGUCUGACUUGGCGCGCCAUCGGUGGCAGUAUUGAUCUGUACUUCUAUGCUGGUCCGUCUCAGGCUGCUGUAACCCAGAAUUAUCAGGUCAGCACCAUUGGAUUGCCUGCCAUGCAACAGUACUUCACUCUCGGCUAUCACCAGUCUCGCUGGGGAUAUCGUAAUUGGGCCGAGCUCGAGGACGUUGUGGACAAUUUCGAGAAGUUCAAGAUCCCGUUGGAGACUAUCUGGACUGAUAUCGACUAUAUGAACCAGUAUCGCAACUUUGAAAACGACCAGAACACUUUCGGGUACAAAGAGGGUAGGAAAUUCUUGAACAAACUGCACAAGAGCGGCCGCCACUAUGUGCCUAUUCUCGACACCGGUAUCUACGUGCCAAACCCUGAGAAUGCUUCCGACGCUUAUGAUACCUACGCCAGGGGUACAGCGAAUGACGUCUGGCUCAAGAAUCCGGACGGCAGUCUGUAUAUCGGCUCUGUGUGGCCUGGAUACACCGUUUUCACGGAUUUCCAACAUCCCAAAGCGGUGGACUUUUGGGCUAACGAACUGGUCAAAUACCAUGAGAAAGUAGCCUUUGACGGCAUCUGGAUGGAUAUGAACGAGGCUUCGUCGUUCUGCGUGGGCAGCUGCGGGUCUGAUCUCAUUACUCACAAUCCUGCCCAUCCCCCUUUCAAGCUUCCCGGUGAUCCCGGAUAUCUUCUUUUCGACUAUCCGGAAGGGUUCAACGUCACAAACGCUACAGAAGCCGCCUCGGCAUCUGCAGCGGCUUCAAGCCAGGACGCGGCCAAUUCUGCUACUCAGGGCCCUGUCACAUCCACCGCGAUCACCUGUCUACGUACAACUCCUACUCCUGGUGUCCGCAAUAUCAACUACCCGCCUUACGCGAUAAAUAAUGUCCAAUCUGGCCACGACCUGGCAGCCCAUGCCAUCUCCCCCAACGCCAGCCACGUCGAUGGGACUCUCGAAUACGACGUCCACAACCUGUACGGGCACCAAGUCAUCAACGCGACUUACCAGGGGCUCCUAGCCAUCAGUCCAAACAAACGCCCCUUCAUUAUCGGUCGCUCAACUUUCGCAGGCUCCGGUCAAUGGGCUGGCCACUGGGGCGGAGACAAUUACGCCAAAUGGGCAUAUAUGUACUCAUCCAUCCCCCACGCCCUCUCCUUCUCGUUGUACGGAAUUCCCAUGUUCGGCGUCGAUACAUGCGGCUUCGACGGAAACACCGACGAGGAGCUCUGCAACCGGUGGAUGCAGCUCUCCGCUUUUUUCCCGUUCUACCGCAACCACAACCGGCUCGCUGCUAUCCCGCAAGAACCAUACCGCUGGGCCUCGGUCAUCAAGGCGUCGCAAGACGCAAUGAAGAUCCGUUAUUCUAUUCUCCCGUAUAUGUACACGUUGAUGUAUCAGGCUCACGCCACGGGGUCGACGGUCAUGCGCGCGCUGGCAUGGGAGUUCCCAGAUGAUCCGUCUCUGGCGGCCGUGGAGACGCAGUUCCUGCUCGGCCCGGCCUUAAUGGUUAUUCCCGUUUUAGUACCGCAGGCGACUGCAGUUCAGGGAGUCUUCCCUGGUCUGGCGCACGGCGAGAAGUGGUAUGAUUGGUACACGCAGCGUGAGGUAGAUUAUGCCCAGCCGGGGAAGAACACGACCAUCCCGGCGCCGCUGGGGCAUAUCCCGGUUUUUGUUCGGGGCGGGCAUGUCAUUCCAAUGCAGGAGCCGGCGCUGACAACACGCGAGGCGAGGAAUACGCCAUGGUCUUUGCUGGUUGCGCUGGAUGACAAGGGGGAUGCGGCGGGCCAGCUUUACCUGGAUGAUGGGGAGAGUAUUAGUCCGGAGGAGACUCUUACUGUCAAUUUAGUUGCCUCAUCCGGUACGAAGCUGGUUGCAUCCGUCACUGGCUGUUGGAAAGAACGGAAUUAUAUGGACAGGGUGACCGUUCUGGGCGUUAAGAAGGCGCCAUCGCAGAUUAGGUUCAAUGGCGAGAAGGUCAAAUCUGCUGAGUAUAAUGCCACUUCUCAAGUCCUUUCGAUUCACGGUCUGGAGAAGAUGACCAGGAAGGGAGCAUGGGAGAAGGGAUGGGUGUUGGCAUGGUGA